AUGAAUCAUAUCUCCCACCCAUUUUUGGACAAAUUCGUAGCGGUAUUUAUAGAUGACAUUCUCAUUUAUUCUAAAAGUCGAGAGGAGCAUGAGGAACAAUUACGAAAAGUUCUAUCACUGUUGCGAGAGAAACAGUUGUAUGCCAACCAAGCGAAGUGUGAAUUUUGGUUGGAGGAAGUUAAUUUUCUAGGGCAUGUGAUCUCGAAUGAAGGAAUUGUUGUCAACCCAGGCAAGGUAAAGGCCGUUGUAGAUUGGAAGCGGCCAAGGACUGUUGCAGACAUUAAAAGCUUUGUUGGAUUAGUUGGCUAUUACUGGAGAUUUAUUGAAGGUUUUGCUAAGAUUGUAUCCUUACUGGCCCAACUUAGAAGAAAGGAUCAACCGUUUGCGUGA